AUGGCUGGGACCAAGACUUUAGGCCCUCAUCCAAGGGGCGAUGAUGGUGACAGGCCGCCUCGUCCUCCUAGACAGGACAAGGGCAAGGCAGUGGAGCAGCCGCGUCAGAAGAAGCAGAAGCACCCUGACAGACAGACACAACAGUCUAUUGAGGUUGCAGCAACAACAAAGGCCGCAAAGUGUGGAGGCAACAAUGGUGCUCUCAGGAUUGGUGGCUCUGGACCGCACUCUACUCAGCCACUCCGUCGGUCUCUUCGUGGACGCGCAUUCGUUUACCCGACAGAGCCUCAGCAGCAGCCGGAGCCUGGCUUAGGCAGCAGGUCGCAUCACAGAGCGCGGGACGACUCAGAUGUCCCACCUACAGAGGCAGAGGAGGAGAGCAGGUCGCGCUGUAGAGGGCAGGACGAUGCAGAGGUCCCACCUACAGAGGAGGAGGAUGGUCUGCCACCUUGCCACGUCGACCUCCGUGGUGCUUCAACUAGCAGAGUCAAGCGAUACCGUCUUGCCUCACUUGACCAGUGGUUCCCCGAGCAGCGGGAUGUCAGGGCAGGUGAUAGCUUUUACACUACUCUCCAGGCCUCUUUCUUCAGGACCUUUGAGUCAGAGAGGAUAGCAUUGCGCUCUCACAGGCUCUUGCAGUUGGGUUUCUUGAGAGCUGCAGCUGGUUCAGAGGAGAUACAACAACACAUUGAGUACCUGCCUGGCUUAGAGGCGCUUGUGACAAGACCAGGGUUGUACGUGGAGGAGUGGGCUGGUGGCUCUGGUUCAGCAGCAGACACCUCUCGAGAUCAGUGGAUCCGAGAGAUGUUUGAGCUCCAGCAACAGGCCCAUGAGAGACAGCUACAGGCCCAGGCAGCAGCACACGAGCAGAUGAUGGCCUUGAUCUCUGGACUCUCAGCUCGUCAGGACCAAUUCCAGGCACAAUUAGCUCAGGAGAGGCAGACUACACAGUGCUUACUCCAACACCUCCUUGGACAAUCAUCCUUGGUUCCUCCUGUGCAGCAGGCUCCAACUGCUCCACUCCAAACACCUGUAGUCCCAGCGUUACAGUCUAGUGGACUUCUUGGACAGGGUGGUUUCGUUCAACAACAGUUCGUGUCCCCGUUAACUGAGUUCCCAUGUGCCUUCACUACACCGGGUUCGGGUGUGCCACAGGGUUUCGCUGGCUUGUCUCAGUCCGCUCCAGCAGCUUCUGCAGGACAGACAAAGUCAGUGUUGGCUUCCACAUCAGCAGCUACCGCCUCUUGUAGUCUCUCAGCUACUUUCAAUGAGACCAUAGGCUUGCCUACUUCAUCAGCGACAGCUAAGGCACCUGUGACAGCCUCAGGAGCUAUAGAGUCCGCCUCCACAGAGACUGUACCUUCUUCGGUGCCUGCGAUUUUUAAACCUUUAGCAAACCUCCGUAAUGAAGAGCAAGAGAGGAUGGAGCAAGGGCAACAAUUGGAAGCUGCAGUAAAACCAAACGUGAGAAUAAGGCAACAACAAACCUUGUCAAUAUUCACUAAAUUUCCAGCACAAAUUGAAAGCAAAAGAAGGCAGAUAUUAAACUCUAUAUUAACACUUGCUAUGUCUCACCUUGUCCCAUCAGCACUAAAUCAGCAGAACACAGGAGCACUAACAGAAGGGAGACCAAAGAACCUGAAAAUUUCAUGUCACUGCACAGCUCAACUCGCGCCAAUCAUCAAAGAGCAAAGAAAGCUCUCUGCUGGGAAUGCGAUGAACGGGCAGAGGCGAAGUCGGGGGAAAUGGGGCACCUGCAGGGCGGUGUCGUUGGAGGCGGUUGACGGCGUGGAAUACGUGGCCGCGGUGCACGGAGCGGCCGUCGGCCAUCAUCCAGCCCCGCAUGGCCGCGCCGACCGACGCCGCCCUCUCCACCCGCCGCGGCCAGCGAGCCCUCCUGUCCUGGAUCCUCGCUUGCCCCCUCCGCCCGAGGAGGAGGACGAAGAGGAGGCGCGGUGGCGUUGCAUCAGGAGCUGGUGA